AUGCUCGCCCAGUCUCUCCUCGUGCUCGCCUCGGCGGCCCUGAGCUACGCCUCCCCCGUCGUCUGCCGAGCCCCCAUGCCCGAUCCCGUCCUGCCCACAACCGGCGGUGCCACCGAACUGCCCCCCGUCCCCGAAGGCCUCGAGCUCAAAGUCAUCGCCCUCGGCCUCGGCAUCCAAAACUACUCGUGCCCCUCCGUCGGCGCCGACGCCGCCUCCACCGGCGCCCUCGCCAUGUUCUACGACAUCAGCCUGCUCGCCCCGGACUCGGGGCCCAACGCCCUCACGCUCGAAAAGUUCAACCAGCUGCCCGCCUUCGCCCUCAACCACCACGCCGUGCCCCUCAACUUCAACGACUCCGCCGCCGGCCGCGUCACCGCCGACGGGCCCGGCGCCUCCCUCACGCGGCCCUUCACCCGCGCCGCGCCGCUCGACCUCGGCGACGGCAACGGCGGCAAGCUGCCCUUUCUGGGCCACCACUUCUUCAACACGGACGGCAGCCCGACCUUCGUCCUCGCCCGCGGCAAAUUCAACGUCGUGGCCGCCAAGAAGGCCUCCGUGCCGGCGCCGGGCAGCGCCGAUCCCGGCCCCGCGGGCACGGGCGCCGUGGCCUGGCUCGCGCUCGACGGGAACCAGAACUCGCGCGGCGCGACGCUCGUCUACCGCGUCGAGACGGCCGGGGGCAACUCCCACGGGUGCGCAAAGGCGGCGGGGCAGGAUAGCACGAGCUAUGCUGCUCAGUACUGGUUCUACGGACCCAAGGCAUAA